UCAAUUUUAUAUUAAGCGAAAUUUUGAGUAGCUAAAUUUAACUUUACUAAAUGGAGUAAUGUUGAAUCUGUAUUAAUCAAUCAAGUCUACACUUUAUUAAUAUAAAAUCUCUUACACUAGGAUUUUAAAAAUAUACUUAAAAUUUUCAGAGAUUUCGAGAAUUUUAAAAGACAUCAUCGGACGAACCGGAAGUAGAAAUCACACACAAAGAUGCAAAUCAUGUUCUCAAUAACAAUUUUAACAACUUUUAUUUUUUCACAUUUAACCCUUGAAACUAUUUACGAUAGUUUAUCAUAGAUUAUAGUUAGGUUUAUCUAUUUAUCUUUAUUAUUAAAACGCCCGAAUUUAAGAACAUUAGGGUGUAUAAUUUCUGUAUGCGAACUAGCAAAAAUGUUUAGAUUAUUAUUAAUUGUUGGUUUAUUUAUAUCGACAAGUGCUGGAAGAUCUCCUCAUGCUGAGUACGUGACUCGUCUAAACCAGGAAAGCGCUUUUGGACCAACACUUUCGGACAACCUCCUUUUAGAUGCUAUUCUAGAUGUACCUGAUAUGAUCAGAAGAUACAACUAUCCGAUGGAGGAACAUUUUGUAAUUACUCCUGAUGGAUAUAUCCUGGGCGUGCAACGGAUUCCCCACGGUCGAGACAGGAACAAUAUCCCUGGAGACAGGCCAGUUGUCUUUGUUAUGCAUGGCCUUUUGAGCUCCUCAGCCGAUUACCUGAUCUCAGGUCCUGGAGAUGCUUUAGCUUACAUCCUGGCGGAGGAAGGAUAUGAUGUGUGGCUUGGCAAUGCUCGCGGAAAUUAUUAUUCGCGGAAGCAUUUAACACUCAACCCCGAAGGGGAAGACACUUUAUCGUUUUGGGACUUUUCCUGGGAUGAAAUUGGAAACAUUGAUUUACCAACGAUGAUAGACUAUGUUCUCGCUCAGACUGGUAAAUCGGCGUUGCAUUACAUUGGUAUGUCGCAGGGAACUACGUCAUUCUUUGUUAUGGGUUCCUUGCGGCCGGAUUACAACAAAAAGAUAAUCUCAAUGCACGCUUUGGCACCGGUAGCGUAUUUGGGACAUACCAAGCACUCUCUAUUAAGGCAUAUAGCGCGUUAUUCAGCAAAUCUUGCGGCUUUAGCGCGUUUGAUUGGUCUUGGAGAAUUUUUACCAAACAGAGCUAUAUGGACAUGGGUUGGUCAGAAUAUGUGCAAAGACAAAGCACCAUUACAAGUAGUCUGCAAAAAUAUUUUCUUUUUCAUAGGAGGCCAUAAUGAAGAUCAAUUCAAUGCUACUUUGUUACCGGUUAAAUUCGGUCACUUCCCCGCCGGUGCCUCAGUCCGCCAGUUAAGCCACUAUGGGCAGAGUAUAUCAACUUCAAUGUUCCGACGAUAUGACCAUGGUUGGGCUCAAAAUCUAUUAAGAUAUGGAUCACCUGAGCCUCCCCGCUACAACUUAUCAAAUAUAGUCUGUCCUGUAUACCUUCACUAUUCCGAAAGCGAUCCAUUAGCUGAUGUCAUUGACGUCAAUAAAUUGUUUAACGAAUUGGGUGGUACUCCGAUAAGGAUACGUGUUCCUGACAAAAAAUUCAGCCAUAUUGACUUCGUGUGGGGCAUUGAUGCAAAAACCUUAGUCUAUGAUAACGUGAUAGAAAUCAUGAAAAACUUUGAUAAAACCGGAAAAGAAACAAAAGACUUUAGA